AUGGACGAAGCACACAAACAAUGGCAUGAAAGCCUCCGAGUUUUCGAGGACAAGCUGAUUGACGAAGAAGAAAAGCACUACCUGCAGCACAUAAGGCUAAAACAAAUAAUAGAAGACACUUUCCCGGACUUCUCAGAGCAUGCGCUGAGAGAUCCUAUUGUGUGGACGGAAUUUGAGAGCGCUCUAAAGCUCAUCGAAGCUGAAGAAAAAGCCGACAGCCCCGAUAGGACUUACGACGAUCAUGCUUCCUUUGAGGAAAUCCGACCGCUGCUUGAGCGACUCUUGGAGCUUCACAACUUUGAUCGGAAGCCUAUGCACUUGGUCAUGUUUGAGGACAUCAUGGCUCAUCUAGCGCGUGUCCACAGAAUGAUAAGAAUGGAAAGAGGCCACGGGUUGCUCAUUGGAAUUGGCGGCUCCGGCAAACGAAGCGUUGCCACCCUCGCAAUAUUCAUUUCUGGCUAUAAUCAUUUCCUUCUUUCGCCGAUGAGGUCUUACGGGGAAGCUGACUUCAAGGAGGACCUUCGCAAGCUGAUAACAAUGGCAGUGACAGAGCGGCAAUGCCUCCUAUUUUCAGAUGCAGACAUCAAGCUUGAAUGCUUCUUAGAAUAUAUAAACAACAUUUUGACUAUCGGCACAAUACCAGCUCUUUUCGCUGAUGACCAAAAAGAUGCCCUCAUUGCCGCAGUAAGAGCAUCUGCCAAGGAGAACGGGGUUCGCGAGGACUCACUUUGGGAUUAUGCAAUCAACCGAGCGAGGGACAAUGUGCACCUUCUCCUUGCUAUGUCACCAUCUGGAAACGCAUUAAGAAACCGCUGUCGCAGCUUUCCAGGGCUCGUGUCUUGCACAAAUGUGGACUGGUUCCAGCCUUGGCCAGUGUCUGCACUUGCUGCUGUCGCAGCGGUGCUUCUAGAAAAUGAAGAUCUACCUCAAGAAAACCGGGCAGCCAUAGAGCAGCAUAUCGUCAGCGUGCACGACAGUGUGACCACAACAUAUGCCCCGGAAUUUGAGAGAAAAUUCGACCGUGCAACAUUUUCCACACCUAAAAACUACCUCGACUUUCUCAAGACUUACAAGGGCAUGCUGAAGGCAAAGCGUUCUAGCACUGACCAACUGAGUGCUCGGCUAGAAGGAGGAUUGCAGAAGAUGAGCAGUGUCGCCGAGUCAGUCAAGAUAAUGAACGCCCAAGUGGAGCAAAAGAAGGUUAUUGUGGAUGAGAAAAAAAGAAGCAUAGAAGAGCUUAUCUCUUGCAUAAACGAGAAAAGUACCAAAGCUAAUCAAAGGAAAGAUGAGGCCCGUGCCACUGAACGACAGAUAUCUCAGGCAAGCGAAACGCAAUCAACAAAGCGCGCAUCUACGAGUUCAGUCCCCACCAGUAGUGACCAAAUUACGAUAAACCAAGAAAAAGCAAGCGCUGAUGAGGCUUUGGCUGCAGCAAUUCCAGCGUUAGAAGCAGCAGCAAGGGCGCUUGAAAAUCUUGACAAAAAGGACAUUUCCGAAAUAAAGGCUUUCAUGACGCCCCCGAAGCCCGUCAUGAAUGUUUGUAUGUGUGUCGUUGUCCUGCGACCAUUGGGCAAAGAAAAUGAAGCCGAUGGCUGGAACGGCGCCAAGGCUAUGCUGAAUGAUGUCAACUUCCUCAAGAGUUUAAUGGAGUAUCCCAAAGACAAUAUAUCUGAAAGACAAGUGAAAAAGUUGAUGGAGUACUUUAACAAAGAUCCAGAUUCAUUCAGGAGUGAGAAGAUGGCGAAAAUUUCGAAGGCAGGGAACGGGCUGUUGACUUGGGUCAAGGCGAUGAUUCAGUACCACGAAGUGGCAAAGAGCGUCGAGCCAAAACGACGUCUCGUUGCAGAAUUACAGCAAAAGCAGGAGGAGGCUGAGACGAACUUAGCGAGCAUCAGGGAGGAGCUCCGUCAGCUGGAAGAGCAACUUUCUGCCUUGAUGUCAGAACAGAAGGAACAAACGGACAUUUUGCAUGAGGUUGAAGCCGAGGCAAAGGUGAUGGAAAGAAGGCUUACAGCAGCCUGCAAAUUAAUAGAUGGGCUUGAAUCAGAAAGACGUCGCUGGACAGAAGAUCGUGAGGCCUGCAGAGAUACCCGCAUCAAGUUGGUUGGCAGCUGCUUGAUUGGUGCAGCAUUCCUCUCCUAUGCAGGACCCUACACUCUCGAGUUCAGAAACCGAAUGGUGUAUGACCAUUGGGCCGCUGGUGUGAAAGAUUCAGGCAUUCCCAUAAACUGCCCAUUCAAAAUCGAAGGCCUGCUUACAAGUGAAGCAGAUAUUGCUAAGUGGAAUAAGGAAGGGCUGCCGUCUAACGAGAUGUCCAUUCAGAAUGGCAUCCUCACAACCAUGUCUGCCCGCUGGCCGCUCUGCAUAGAUCCUCAGAUGCAGCAGGCCGUGAAGUGGAUACAACAGAGAGAGGAGGAACGCGAUCUCGUGAUAAAGACGUUUGCAGAUGACUACAUGAAGCACCUUGAGCUAGCCAUUCAGUACGGCAAGCCAUUCUUGUUUGAGUCAGUUGAGACUGAAAUCGACCCGUCCAUUGACUCUGUCUUGGAGCGAAGCUUGGCGCUUCAAAACGGACAAAAAGUUGUUACACUGAUGGGAAAACAGGUUGACUGGAAUGACAACUUUUGUUUGUACAUGACGACAAAACUCUCAAAUCCGAAGUUUGGCCCGGAGAUCAUGAACAAGACAAACGUCAUCAACUACCAGGUGACAAUGAGUGGUCUAGCCGAACAGAUGCUUGCCACUGUCGUUGGGAACGAGGUACCAGAGCUAGAAAGCCAGCGUCAGGAACUUGUGCAGCGAAUGAGCGACGGCCGCCUGAUGUUGAAGCAACUCGAGAACUCCCUGCUUCACGAGCUCGCCCACUCUAAAGGAAGUCCUUUAGACAACGAGGACCUAAUCGAGACUCUUCAAAGUACUAAGACAAAGGCUCUGGAGAUUGAGCAAUUCCUUGAAGAUGCAAAGUCAACUGCUGCCAAAAUAGAGGAGAAACGGCAAGAAUUUUACAGCGUUGCCAAGCGAGGGAGCGUCGUAUACUUCAGCAUGGAUGGGAUGAGAAAUUUGUCACCCAUGCUCGAAUACUCUCUCGAUGUCUUUUUACAUACUUUCCAAGUGGCUUUGAAGGAAGCUCGGCCGGAUAGAAUACUAGAAAAUCGGCUAAAAAGCCUGAUGGACAAAGUGACGCAGCUUUCCUAUGACUACAUCAGCCUUGGCUUGUUUGAAAGCCAGAGACUCAUUUUCGCGUUCCAUCUGACAACAAUGAUCAUGCGGCACGAUGGCAAGCUGCCUGAAGAAGAGCUUGACUUCUUUUUGAAGGGAAGCAACACGAUUUCAGAGGAAGAGCCGAAGCCAGAGGAGCUCGCUUGGAUACCGGACAGUGGGUGGAAUGAUCUGUCCAAGCUUGACAAAGUCAGUCAGGUAUUUAAAGGACUUCGGGAAAAUGUCUUGGCCGAACACCAGGUGCGUCAGUAG